AUGAGGAGAGGCUGCUGGCAGCAAGGAGACGAAGAAGGGGGGGGUGGGGGGUGGGGGGUGGGGGGGCAGGGGCGACAGAGCAGAACAGAGCGCACAAGGGCGCAGGCAGCAGCAGGGCGAACGAGGGCGCGGGCAGCAGCAGAGCGCACGAGGGCGCAGGCAGAGCAGAGCGCACAAGGGCGCGGGCAGCAGCAGGGCGCACGAGGGCGCGGGCAGCAGCAGAGCGCACGAGGGCGCAGGCAGAGCAGAGCGCACAAGGGCGCGGGCAGCAACAGGGCGCACGAGGGCGCAAGUAGAGCAGAGUGCACAAGGGCGCGAGCAGCACAGGCACGGGCAGCAACGGGCGGCAACAGGCAGCAAAGGCACGGGCAGCAACGGGCGGCAACGGGCAGCGCAGGCACGGGCAGCAACGGGCGGCAACGGGCGGCACAGGCACGGGCAGCAACGGGCGGCAACAGGCAGCACAGGCACGGGCAGCAACGGGCAGCAACAGGCAGCACAGGCACGGGCAGCAACGGGCAGCACAGGCACGGGCAGCAACGGGCGGCAACGGGCAGCACAGGCACGGGCAGCAACGGGCGGCAACAGGCAGCACAGGCACGGGCAGCAACGGGCAGCACAGGCACGGGCAGCAACGGGCGGCAACGGGCAGCACAGGCAAGGGCAGCAACGGGCGGCAACGGGCAGCACAGGCAAAAGCAGCAAUGGGCGGCAACAGGCAGCACAGGCACGGGCAGCAACAGGCAGCACAGGCACGGGCAGCAACGGGCGGCAACAGGCAGCACAGGCACGGGCAGCAACGGGCGGCAACGGGCAGCGCAGGCAUGGGCAGCAACGGGCGGCAACAGGCGACACAGGCACGGGCAGCAACGGGCGGCAACAGGCAGCACAGGCACGGGCAGCAACGGGCGGCAACAGGCAGCACAGGCACGGGCAGCAACGGGCAGCACAGGCACGGGCAGCAACGGGCGGCAACGGGCAGCACAGGCACGGGCAGCAACGGGCGGCAACGGGCGGCACAGGCACGGGCAGCAACGGGCGGCAACGGGCGGCACAGGCACGGGCAGCAACGGGCGGCAACGGGCAGCACAGGCACGGGCAGCAACGGGCGGCAACGGGCAGCACAGGCACGGGCAGCAACGGGCGGCAACGGGCAGCACAGGCACGGGCAGCAACGGGCGGCAACAGGCAGCACAGGCACGGGCAGCAACAGGCAGCACAGGCACGGGCAGCAACGGGCGGCAACAGGCAGCACAGGCACGGGCAGCAAUGGGCGGCAACGGGCAGCACAGGAACGGGUAG